CAAGUACAAAGAAGCGAGUGGCGACAAGGGAUCAUAGCGCGGCUGCGCCUGUAGACAAUGCAACGCUGGAGUACUUAAGAGUUGCGUUAGCGGACGCAGUAGGACCGCCGCCUUUCCUAUACGCUUUCUCCAGGAUGUCGCAAGUCCCGGGAGAGAAUGCGCUGGUAGCCACCCUCCGCAUCAGCUACGCAGUCGUUGCUCCUAUCCUCAGCGUACCCCUCGCUACAGGGCAGUACGUCCUCAGCCUCCUACCGAGCCCUUACGGAGAAAUAUAUGCCACCGCCGAUACGCAGCAAAUCGUUCGAAUCGGCUGGCUGGGUUCAGCCAUCGUCGCGGGCGUGAUGUUGAUCGUCGCGCUGUGCCGGUCGAUCGUCCGUUGUCGCGUUUUCAAGAAGCAUAUUCGACCUGGCAAUGUUCCCCGUCCCACCAUCAAGGCCACUCGUCGAAAGCUGAUCACCGGGAAGGGAUUCACCAUCGCUCAUUGCUUCUGCAUAGUCCAGGGGUUGGCAGGAGCUGCCAUGGUCGAACACAUAGACGGCAGAGCUGCAGCGGGUGGUCGUCUCGACGUUAUACAAGCAGCCUUCGCAGGCACCGUCGGGUCGCUUUCCCUUCAAGGUGCACUCGCCGGCGUCCGGCUCUUGAUCAUACGACCUAUCAAGCGCGUAGUCGGCACGAAGACACGUCGCGUUCGUAGGGGGAGGCUCCGCGGACGGUGCACUGAAAAGGACGGUGGUCAGUCAAGAAGGGACAAUUCAGUCCAUGGCAGUACUGUGUCUUGUCUAGUGUCGAAUGUUCUGUCGUAAAUGGUUGUCACUCCGCGAUUCUCUCCCUGAUAUCUCUGUAACAUCAGUU